AUGACCACUAGAGUAGCCGCCGUGGAGGAGAUAUUGACGGCGGAGAGGAAAUGGUUGGCGGUGGCGGUGAGGGAGUUCGACGCCAAGAGGGACACGGCGGCGGUGGAGGAGAUGGAGCGGCGGUGCGAAAUCGGGCAGCGCGGAAAGCCUUCCCUCGUCACUGACCUCAUGGGUGACCCGAUUUGUCGGGUUCGCCAUUUCCCUCUCCAUGUCAUGAUGGUAGCAGAGUACGGCGGGGAAGGCAGCAAGGAGAUCGUAGGAGUGGUGAGGGCAUGCAUAAAGACGGUGUCAAGAGGGAACUCUUCUUCAUCCAAAAAUGGCUACGCCGCUAAUUAUGUGAAGUUGGCAUAUAUUCUUGGACUCAGGGUUUCUCCUACUCAUAGGAGGCUUGGGAUCGGCGCACGACUAGUCCACAAAGUAGAAGAAUGGAGCAAACAAAACGGCGCCGAAUACGCAUACAUGGCAACCGAUUGCACCAACCAGCCUUCCAUCAACCUCUUCACCGGCAAAUUCUCCUACACCAAGUUCCGGACCCCUGCCAUGCUCGUCCAGCCGGUACACGCUCACCGCAAGUCCAUACCCUCCUCCGUCGCGAUCAUCCGCCUGACCCCUCAGACCGCCGGACUGAUCUAUCGUCGCGCAUUCAGCACUAAAAAUGCCGAAUUCUUCCCACAAGACAUCGACAGCAUCCUCUCCAACAAGCUAAACAUGGGCACCUUCAUGGCCAUGCCAAAAUCAUACGUCGACACAAACAACAACACUAUCAAGUCUCCGUUGGAGAGUUUCGCUAUCAUGAGCAUAUGGAACACGAAGGACGUGUUCAAGAUGCAAGUGAAGGGUGCAUCGAGGUUGAACCGCGCCUGUUGUGUGGGUUCGAGGUGGCUGGACUCGCGGCUGCCUUGUCUGAGGCUGCCCUCGAUCGAUCCCAAAGUGUUUAGGGAAUUUGGAGUCCAUGUGAUGUACGGAUUGCACAUGGAAGGAGAGGGUGCGGACCAGCUCAUGAGGGCUCUGUGCCGGUUCGCGCACAAUGUGGCUCGAGACGAUGAUGGGUGCGGAGGGCUGGUCUGUGAGGUUGGACCGCGGGACCCGGUGCGAAAGGUGGUCCCGCAUUGGAGGAGGUUUUCGUGGGAACAGGACAUCUGGUGCAUCAAGAGGCUUAGGGAAGAGGUUCGUGAUCAUGAGGAUGGAGGAUGUGAGCCCUCCGAUUGGGCGACUUCUUCGGGUUCGUCGCCUGUGAUCUUUGUUGAUCCUAGAGACUUCUGA